AUGUCAACCGCGGCAUCCUCGUGUCGAGAUAAAGAGGCGAAGCGGCCUCUCCGUUCCCGUUGCGAAAGAUACCGACAGGCAGGCUUUCUCGCAGGUCUCUGCCAGGCUUUGCAGUGCGAGGCCACCACCAUGCAUUCCAACUGUUUCAUCAAGAAGGAGCAUGAGGCCUGUUUAGAGACCAUCCGGAAGCUGACCGCCUUGACCCCGUUGAAUGAAUCGACUCCAGGCUGCCCAGGGAUGUGGGAUAAUAUCACAUGUUGGAAGCCGGCGUUCGUUGGCGAGGUCGUCUACGUCAGAUGCCCAGCCCUCUUCACGAUGCUGAACUUCGAAGACGGAUGGGAUGUGAACAGCAUGGCUUACGCUCAACCAGGUGAUUUGGAACUACUGGACAACACCGAUGAACUGCUAGGUGGGUCCGAUUUAAAGGUCAGCAGGAACUGCACAGAAGACGGCUGGUCCGAACCGUUCCCUCAUUACUACGAUGCCUGCGGGUUCGACGAGAACGAUACAAUGCCAGAUGGCGACCAGGAUUACUAUUACCUCUCAGUAAAGGCCCUGUACACUGUGGGCUACAGCACAUCCCUGGUUUCGCUCACCACGGCGAUGGUGAUCCUGUGCCGCUUCAGGAAGCUGCAUUGCACACGGAACUUCAUCCACAUGAACCUCUUUGUUUCCUUCAUUCUACGAGCCAUCUCGGUCUUCAUCAAGGACGGAGUUCUUUAUGCCGAGCAGAACAGCAACCACUGUUUCAUCUCUUCGGUGGAAUGUAAAGCGGUGAUGGUCUUUUUCCACUACUGCGUCAUGUCCAACUAUUUCUGGCUCUUCAUCGAAGGGUUGUACCUUUUCACUUUGCUGGUGCAGACCUUCUUUCCAGAGAAGAGAUACUUCUACUGGUACACCAUCAUCGGCUGGGGAACUCCCACCAUUUGCGUCACUGUCUGGGCUGUCCUGAGACUUCACUUUGAUGAUGUCGGCUGCUGGGACAUGAAUGACAACACAGCCUUGUGGUGGGUGAUCAAAGGCCCCGUGGUGGCUUCGAUAAUGAUCAACUUUUUGCUUUUCAUUGGUAUCAUUAUCAUCCUGGUACAGAAGCUCCAGUCGCCUGACAUCGGGGGCAACGAAUCCAGCAUUUACUUCAUCAUGGUGGAAAGAAAAGAGAAACAUGGCAUAUCCCAUCGCAGCUGCGUUCAGAAAUGCUACUGUCAGCCCCACAGGGCUAGCCAGCACUCUUGCAGGAUGUCAGAACUAUCCGCCAUUACCUUGCGACUGGCCCGCUCCACUCUGCUUCUCAUCCCACUGUUUGGAAUCCACUACACAGUGUUUGCCUUUUAUCCAGAGAACGUCAGCAAGAGGGAACGGCUGGUUUUCGAACUCGGCCUGGGAUCUUUCCAGGGCUUUGUCGUAGCUGUCCUCUACUGCUUCUUGAAUGGAGAGUUUCUCCCUAAAGGUGCAAUCAGAAAUAAAGAGAAAAUGGAGGAGCUGGAAAGUCAACCGGUACUUUGCUGUGGAUUUCAAACACCGCCAUCCCUCCCUGGCAAGCAGCGGCGUGAACGGGGGGACGCAGCUGUCGAUUCUGAGCAAGAGCAGCUCACAGAUUCGCAUGUCGAGCAUAAACGCGGAGAACCUGGCCACAUGAGCGCCUGAAACCAACUCCAUCCCGCCCGGGAGAAAAGCUCCUUUGAAAACAAAACAAAAGUC